UCAGACUACACCUAAAACAAUCUGUCUCAUCUCAUCUCAACCCACCACAAAUGUCUCCACCACAACCAACCGCCACCGCCGUGGAAGAAGGCGGCGCCACCACAUUCCCCGACAUCCACCAAGACAUCCUUUCAACCCAUAUCCUUGCCCGUCUCGACGGCCCUUCCCUCGCCUCCGCCAGCUCCACCUCCUCCCAACUCCACGCCCUCUCCUCCCACCACCACCUCUGGACCACCAUCUGCCACUCCACCUUCCCCUCCACCACCACCUCUCCCCGCCUUCUCCACCUCCUCUCCUCCUUCCCCGGAGGCCCCCGCUCCUUCUUCUCCCUCUCCUUCCCCCUCCUCCUCCCCAACUUCUCCCCCACAACCACAUCUCCUCCGCCGGCGGAGCUAAUCUCCGCCGUCGACAUCCACUACAAAAACAACCUCAUCUUCACCAAAGUCCAAGAAACCGAAACAACAACUUCAUGGUUCAUGUGCUCUCCGUUCCGAAUCGACCUCUUGGACACCAAAGACGUAAUCUCCACCACCAUCCGCCACCGGGAUGACGACGGCGCGUGGACUUCACUCUCCGACGAGGUGACUCUGAGUUGGGUUUUAAUCGACCCGGUGGGAAAUCAGGCCGCGAAUCUCUCCACCCAUAAAGCCGUUUCCGUACAGCGCCACUGGCUGAGCGGCGAGGUCCAGGUCCGGUUCGGGUCGGUGCUCGCCGGCGGGAACCGGAGGGGACCUACAUCGGAACUGGUACAUUGCGGGAUAGUGGUGACGUGCGGUGAGUCGGAAGGUGGGGAAUUGCAGGUGAGGGAGGUGAGCUUGCAGGUGGAGGACAUGGAUGGAAUGCAUUUGACAGGGAAGGACAGUUUGGUAAUUUUGCACAGGGCAUUGGAGGGGAAAAGGGGGAAUAUGAGGAGGGAGGAAGAAGGGAGGAGGAGGUACAGAGAGUAUAUGGAGAUGAAGAGAGAGAGAAGAGAGAGAAAGUUGAAGACUGAAUGGACCUUGGAUAUGUUGUGUGUGGCCUUUGGGGUCACCAUUUUUUCUGCCUUUUGGUUGUUCUUACUCUGGACCUGAUAUUUUAUUUUAUUUUUUAUUUUUUUUUUGUGAGAAAGAGAAAGAGGGGGAAAAGAGGGGUUUUUAAUUAUUUGUUUUCAAUUUUUGCAUAGUAAAUUUACCAACAACAGGAAACAAAAACAAUUGACACUGUUUGGUGUGCAUUUUAUGAAAAGGUGUAUAGUGUUUUUUAUUUUAAAAAUGUAUUAAAUUAUUUGGUGAACUUUUUGUUUACAGUUUUAUUUUAAA